UUCAGGAUUUACACCGGAAUUAACCGAAUGAAUUAAUCCCACACUGAGGACUACCUGAGACAACAACAGAAGGGAUUCGAACCUGAGCUCAUGCACGCGGUUCCGACCAUUUCUACAGUACAAUCUCUAUGCAACCAAUAACACCACCCAGCCUGUUCUCCAUAGCGCGCUCCCAACACCUUUAACCGGCGCUGGAACCGAACCUGGCAGUCAUGGCAGAGCGCAACUCUACUGGAAUGAUGAUGAUGAUGAUGAUGGAACCGAGCCUCCCGGCCGAGGUUCGCGAGAAGCUGGCUGAGCUGGAGCUGGAGCUCUCGGAAGGAGAUAUCACCCAGAAGGGAUAUGAGAAGAAACGAGGGAAGCUGUUGGCGCCCUACAUACCCCACAUUCAGGGUGUGGAUCCUUCUCUACAGGUGGAUCACCGAAACCCCACCCCACCUCACCCUGGUCCUCUCAGCUCCAGACACAACAAACCCAGAACGGCGAACUCACGGGAUGAACGAUUCAGAUCUGAUCUGCACACUGAAGCUGUACAAGCAGCCUUGGCCAAAUACAAAGAGCGGAAGAUGCCGAUGCCCUCGAAGAGACGAUCAGUUCUGGUUCAGUCCUCUGUAGAAGCGUGUACACCGCCUGAUACGUCCUCGGCUUCGGAAGAUGAGGGACGGUUGGCGUCGUCCUCGCCGUACCUGGCCUCGAACCCCAACGUUGAACACUGGUUCAACCGGGUCAUCCAUCAUCACUGCUCAUCCACUUCCUCCUCCGCCUCCUCCACUUCCUCCUUCCCCGGGGGGCGGAGCCAGCACAGCACCAACUCUGCUACCAACUCUGGCACCGCAGCUACUGUUCUGGCUGACGUCAUGGCUCAGACACACCUCGAAAACCACUUUGCUCCUCCGGAUGUGACGGGACUUUCGGAGCGUUCACAGGUGGCGUCGGUGAGAGGGUUAUCCCGUGGACACACACAAACACCUUCCCUUGCGGUCAUGGAAACAGCCGAUGGUGUCCCCGUGAACAGUCGUGUCUCGUCUAAAAUCCAGCAGCUCUUGAACACUCUGAAAAGACCCAAGCGGCCGCCGCUGCGAGAAUUCUUUGUGGACGAUUUUGAGGAGCUUCUGGAUGUCCAGCAGCCAGACCCUAACCAGCCCAAACCUGAAGGGGUGCAGAUGACACCUCUGUACGGUGGGCCCUUAGAAGUGGGGUCCAAAUGGCCUCCAUCUCUCCUUGGCUGUCUGCAUAGAUGGGGCACCUCACAUCCCAAAAGCUCCUGUCUUACCUCGCUGGAUAACACCGGCAAACCUGUUCACACACUCACAUACGGAAAGUUGUGGACACGCAGUCAGAAGCUCGCUUACACACUCCUCAACAAACUCAGCACCCGAAAUGAACCCCUGCUACGACCUGGAGACCGGGUCGCCCUUGUUUUCCCCAACAAUGAUCCGGUGAUGUUCAUGGUGGCGUUUUAUGGCUGUCUUCUGGCAGAGUUAGUGCCUGUGCCAAUAGAAGUGCCACUUACACGAAAGGAUGCUGGCAGUCAGCAGAUUGGAUUUCUGCUAGGCAGUUGUGGUGUGACUUUAGCUUUAACGACAGACGUGUGUCAGAAAGGUCUUCCUAAAGCUCACACCGGAGAAGUCGCUACGUUUAAAGGCUGGCCUCGGCUGCUGUGGUUUGUUACUGAUGGGAAGCAUGUUGUAAAGCCUCCUAAAGACUGGAAUCCUCCAAUCAGAGACAGCAGCAAUGAGACGGCGUACAUCGAGUAUAAAACCAGUAAGGAGGGCAGUACUAUGGGCAUCACGGUAUCACACGCUGCCAUGCUGGCUCACUGCCAUGCACUAUCACAGGCCUGCGGCUACACAGAGGGUGAGACCAUCAUUAAUGUUCUGGACUUUAAGCGUGAUGCAGGUCUUUGGCAUGGUGUUCUCACUAGUGUGAUGAACCGGAUGCAUGUGAUCAGCAUCCCUUACUCCCUAAUGAAGGUCAACCCUCUGUCCUGGAUCCAGAAAGUACACACAUACAAAGCCGACGUUGCCGUGGUGAAGUCGAGGGACAUGCACUGGUCUCUGCUGUCUCAGAGAGAUCAGAGGGACGUCAGUCUGAGUUCAUUACGCAUGCUCAUCGUGGCAGACGGAGCGAAUCCCUGGUCGAUCUCCUCCUGCGAUGCCUUCUUGAACAUGUUCCAGGCUCGAGGUCUGAGACCGGAAGUGAUCUGCCCGUGUGCUACGUCAGCCGAGGCUCUUACUGUCGCUAUCCGCAGGCCUCCAGAGAUGGGCGUGCCCCCACCGGGCAAAGCGGUUAUUUCCAUGAGCAGUCUGAGUCACGGCGUGAUACGAGUGGACACAGAGGAGAAACUGUCCGUUCUUACACUGCAGGAUGUUGGACAGGUGAUGCCUGGAGCAUCGGUCUGUGUGGUGCGUCCGGAUGGUCGACCGUACCUGUGCAAAAUGGAUGAAGUGGGCGAGAUCUGUGUGAGCUCCUGCACCACGGGUGUCUCCUAUUACGGACUGUCAGGUAUCACCAAAAAUGUCUUUGAGACGUUCCCUAUGACUGCAUCAGGCACUCCCAUCAGCGAUCGGCCGUACACUCGCACCUCUCUACUCGGCUUCAUCGGUCCGGACAACCUGCUGUUUGUUGUGGGAAAGAUGGACGGGCUGAUGGUCGUCAGUGGGCGGAGACACAAUGCUGAUGAUGUAGUGGCGACUGCACUGGCAGUGGAGCCAAUGAAAUUUGUCUAUAGAGGACGGAUUGCAGUGUUCUCAGUGUCUGUCCUGCAUGAUGAGAGGAUUGUGGUGAUAGCAGAGCAGAGACCGGAUGCUUCAGAGGAGGACAGCUUUCAGUGGAUGAGUCGAGUGCUGCAGGCGAUAGACAGUAUCCAUCAGGUGGGGGUGUAUUGCUUAGCACUGGUUCCUGCUAACACGCUUCCUAAAGCAGCACUCGGUGGGAUCCACGUCUCAGAGACCAAGCAGCGCUUCCUGGAAGGGGCGCUGCACCCCUGUACCGUUCUCAUGAGUCCCCAUACCUGCAUCACCAAUCUGCCCAAACCACGCCAAAAACAACCAGAGGUGGGUCCUGCUUCCAUGGUUGUUGGGAAUCUGGUAGCAGGAAAGCGAAUUGCUCAGGCCUGUGGGAGGGACAUGAGUCAGCUGGAGGAUCAUGACCAGUUCCUGUACAUGCAGGAUGUUUUGCAGUGGAGAGCUCAGGCCACACCAGAUCACCCGCUGUUCCUCCUGCUUAACUCCAAGGGUACAGUGGCGAGCAGUGCGUCCUGUGUGCAGCUUCAUAAGCGAGCUGAACGUGUUGCUGUGGCUCUGAUGGAGAGAUGCAGACUGAAUAUUGGAGAUCAUGUAGCACUUGUUUACCCACCCGGUAUUGACCUGAUUGCUACGUUCUAUGGCUGUCUGUAUGCCGGCUUUGUUCCGGUAACAGUUCGUCCACCACAUCCGCAGAAUCUGGCCACAACCCUUCCAACCGUCAAGAUGAUUGUCGAGGUCAGUAAGUCUGUCUGUAUUCUGACCACACAAGCAAUAACAAAGCUCCUGAAAUCCAAAGAAGCAGCAGCCGCUGUCGAUGUGAGGACAUGGCCGAUGGUUCUAGAUACAGAUGAUCUCCCAAGAAAGAAACUCUCCCAGAUCUAUAAGCCACAAUCACCGGACAUGUUGGCAUAUCUGGACUUCAGUGUGUCCACCACAGGCAUACUUGCUGGGGUGAAGAUGUCCCAUGCUGCCACCAGUGCCUUGUGUCGCUCUAUAAAGCUGCAGUGCGAGCUGUACCCUUCGCGACAGAUCGCCAUCUGCUUGGACCCCUACUGCGGCCUCGGCUUUGCCCUUUGGUGCCUCUGCAGUGUAUACUCUGGACAUCAGUCUAUUCUGGUUCCUCCUCUGGAGUUGGAGAGUAACGUAUCAGUGUGGUUGGCGGCUGUGAGUCAGUAUAAAGUGCGCGUCACCUUCUGCUCCUACUCAGUGAUGGAGAUGUGUACUAAAGGUCUGGGUUCCCAGACUGAAGCUCUGAGGUUACGUAACAUCAACCUGUCGUGUGUUCGAACCUGUAUGGUGGUAGCUGAGGAGAGGCCACGGAUCACCCUCACACAGUCCUUCUCAAAGAUCUUUAAGGAUUUGGGACUCUCACCUCGAGCCGUCAGCACCACGUUCGGCUGCAGAGUCAAUGUAGCCAUCUGCCUUCAGCCCAAUAGACUGGGUAACCUGGCUGAUCAGGGUACAGCUGGUCCUGAUCCCACCACUGUCUAUGUGGAUAUGAGAGCGCUACGACAUGACCGAGUGCGUCUGGUUGAGCGAGGCUCUCCACACAGUCUGCCAUUUAUGGAAUCAGGAAAGAUCCUGCCUGGUGUAAGGGUAAUAAUCGCCCACACAGAGACCAAAGGGCCGCUGGGAGACUCGCAUCUCGGAGAGAUCUGGGUGAGCAGUCCCCACAAUGCAACUGGAUAUUACACGGUUUAUGGUGAGGAGGCGCUGCACGCCGAUCACUUCUGCACCAAACUAAGUUUUGGUGACACACAGACGGUGUGGGCACGGACGGGCUACCUGGGCUUCCUGCGCAGGACUGAACUCACAGACGCCCUUGGAGAACGACAUGAUGCUCUGUACGUGGUGGGCUCUCUGGAUGAGACCUUGGAGCUCAGAGGGAUGCGCUAUCACCCCAUCGACAUCGAAACCUCAGUCAUCAGAUCACACAAGAGCAUUGCUGAGUGUGCGGUGUUUACAUGGACAAACCUGCUGGUGGUGGUGGUAGAGCUGGAAGGUUUGGAGCAGGAGGCUUUGGAUCUAGUCCCCCUUGUGACCAAUGUGGUUCUGGAGGAGCACUAUCUGAUUGUGGGCGUGGUGGUGGUGGUGGACCCUGGCGUCAUUCCCAUCAACUCGCGAGGCGAGAAGCAGCGCAUGCACCUGCGCGACGGCUUCCUCGCCGAUCAGCUUGACCCCAUCUACGUGGCCUACAACAUGUGAGAGCCAGAGAGACGGACAUGUUCUGCACAUAACGAAUGAACUAUGCAGCCUGUGUGUUUUUUAUGAAGACUGUAGUGACAGGAAACGGUGUCUCUUCAUUUCAUCCACGCGAACGACUGACGGCAAGCCUUUCUCUGUCCUGUCAUUAUUUCCAAGUUACCAGUCUGUGCCAGGGUUUUGUCAGGUGUCUGUGCCAAUCUAAAUGCCCUUUUUCCACUGACAGGGUGCCAGUACAAGUUCUGUACAAAUAAAUCCACACAAAUAGUGAAAUCUGAUUGGUUCCAGCGCACAACUGCUGCUGGUCUGGAUGACAUGGUACAUAUAGAUGAACUCUACGAAGGCAACUACAAAACAUGGAAGGCGAGCAUAUGCUAGCUGAUAAGCUCAGUUAAUAGCACUUUCACUUUUUAGCACUGUUUACUCUUUUAUGUGGACAGUGAAAAACCUUAGUGACCACAUCAACAAGACAAACCAACUAAUAAUAUUUUUGAUGAAUUGGAAAAAAACCUAUUUUAUAUUUAGUGAGCUCCUAUGGUAUGAUAGUGAGAACCAUGCUUGAGUUCCCGGGGGUUUGGCUCUUGAGCUUGGCUUACAAAUACAGAAGCACAUCAGUGCACCCAUAGAGCCGGUCACAAGCCCAGAUAAAUGGGAGAAAUGCCUCAGUAAGGGCAUCUGAUGUACAAAAUGUGCCAAAUUAAGUAUGCAGAUAAAUGAACCUCUGUGGCGAUUCCUAACGGGAGCAGCCGAAAGGAAUCAUUUAUUUGAUUCGUAGCUAGUUUGUAAAAGGUCCCUGAUUUUGUAAUUGUCCAGCUGUAAAACUGGUAAAAAUGCAUGACGGUAUUUACAAACGUGAUCUGGUUCCCUGAAUAGACACCGGCACCAAAUCAGUGGAAAAAAAGGAGCGGAUUUACAAUGACUCUUCAUUACCGAACACUUAUGAUGAUCCUAAAUAAGCACUUUUUUUUUUUUACAAUUCUCGAAUGUAAAAGGACGAAUGUUCUCUUGAACAGAAGAAAAGUCUUCACUUAUCAGGACUGCUACCGCUGAGAAGUGUGAGAAAACCUGUCUUCAUUAUAUGGCAAAACUCAAAGCUGAAAAAGGGCAGCGUUGUUCAGAUACACCACUUGACCAAAAGAAUGUGGAUACUUAUCCAUUAGCUUGUUGGGUUUUAAUACAAUGGAUUAUUAUAGAGUUGCCUGAACUUCUCAACUCAAUCAUUAGAAGGAGUGUCCACAUACUUUGGCUGUGUAGUGAAGCUGACGUUUAAAUCUCAAUUUUGCAGGUUUUCUCACUUGUUUACAAAAGCCAUUAUACAUUAACGUUGCACAUAAACACACAUUUACAACAUUCAGUUGUAGCUUAUUGUAGUGCAAACUAUCAGGGGUUGAAGGCCUUGCUCAAAGACCCAACAGAAGCAACUUGGUUGUUGUGGGAUUUGAACCAGCAACCUUCUGUAUACUAGUGCAAAACCUUAACCGCUGAGCUUACACUACCCUAGUUAGAGAGACUACAACACAUAACUAGUGUUAAUUUAAGCACAUAUAAAGUAAUAUAUCAUUUGGUUCUGCUAUGAUCCAUUUUACACUUGAAACCCACAUCAAUUAAUGCAGGUGUACUCCCCCCCUCCCCCCCAACUCCUGAUCUUAUCAUUUCUGAUUCCUAACUGUGAAUCCGCUGCCGCUUGCACAACCCUGAUCUGACGUCCACACAAACCCCAACAGCGGCAACUUCACAGUGGUGUGGCUUAAAUCAGCAAUGUUCUGAUUACCAGUCCAGUACCUAAACCACUGAGCUACCACUGUGUAUGAGGGAGGGAAGGUCAGACUGGGUCUCUUCCCCCUGCCCCCCUAUAUUACAUUUCCGGAACUUUUCCGGGCACCAGCGUGAGUGGAAAGAGGGGUUCAAUAUAGAGCUUAGUGUGGCUUUCUGUAUGUCAUACAUAAUGCUGGCAGGUGAUAGGAAGCAGCCACAGGUUGGACACGUUAAGGGGAAUUGGAAAUGACUAGAUAGGGAGAUAAAGGGGGAACAAUCCAGUCACAACAUUAUGCUUUAUAGAUGGGCUAUUAUAUGUGAAUGGAAACCAUGAGAGCUGCGUGAAGUGUUGUACAGCUUUUUGCUUUUAAUACCAACAAAGAAGACAUUCAACCACUCAGUCAUUGAACUUAAUAUGUAAUUUGUGUUCCAGGAUGAGUCUUAAAAAUUACCUGACAGCUGUGGACAGUUUGAUAUCUGUUUUUAGUACAUGUAUUUUAUUUAUCUUUGAGCUAAGCGUGCAAUUCAAGACCAAGUCAGUAUUUUAACGUGAUCAGAGUGUAAUUAUCAUUUCAAGCUUGGCUGAAAGCUUACGUAACACAUUCUGUGUUUCUGCUGAUUAUUUUCGCCCCUUUUCGCACUGUCCCAAUUUGGCAGCCCCUUUCCCACGUACAGCCUGGCACACGUCUCCUCUGACAUGUGAAAAGAUUCCUACAGAGUCCCCUAACUCACACAGAGGAACACACUGUGUCUUCUGUAUUUAUCCACAGCUCGCUUCAGCACCUUGACUAAACAGCAGGAGCAAAGAGGUGAUUCCCCACCCUGCCUUAUUUACCUCGUACACGACCAACUGUGUCUGUAGAGCGCCCGCCCAGGCCGGUGUCACCGCCGAGACUCGGAUUCUGGUGCUCGUCUUCAUCUCAUCUUUGAUUUUAUUUUGGUAAGAUGAUAUGACCGCUCAUGCCUAAGCUAGCUUGUGUCGCUCUUGAAGCUGAAUGUAUCGGGGUGCUGAUUUCCAAAGUGACUUGUGUACUGUGAUGCAGAAGUGAACUUCUUGUCCCAGCAUUCCUUUUUCUUUAGAACAGAUCAACCAAACACAACCAGGUCCAGCAGUUACUUCAGGACACGUGGUGAUAGCAGGUAAGCUGUGUGUAAAGGGCUUCGUUUCAGGGAUUCUGCUGAAGUGUACUAUUAAUCGCUUGUGUUUUUCAGACUUUCAUUGUAGGUCAGCACUGUAAAAAAUGCUUCUUUUCACACCUGUAUUCUGACUUUUUGAGUCAUGUGCCAGGCAUUCAGCCUGCUGUAAUUAUGUACAGAAUAUAUGUAAGUUAUUACUGGAAUCAUCAGACACACAAAGGAAGCAUCAGAGCAAACAUGAAUUUUACUUUGUUUCUUAACCACACGUCAGAAACAGCAACAUGAAAUCAAGUUUACCAUAUUUUUUGUUAAUGAAUCAGAAUCGGGAGAUGCUGUGACUGGCAGUGUGAGUUGUUCAAUGUUAAACCAGGAUCAGAAAUCACUGUUAGAAUGUUUAAGCAAUCGGCUGACCUGACUUUCGUUCUAUGUUAACAUGAUUUCUUAAUAAAUAAUUUGCUUUUCAUGAA